AAGGAGAGAGAGAGAGAGAGAGAGAGAGAGAGAGAGAGAGAGAGAGAAGCAGUGUGUGGUGGGAGCUAGUUGGACAGGCAAUUUCAAUACUUUGUAAGCAUCAAUGUAACUCAACGUCACUGCGCUCAGCAGCUCAGCAGAGCUGGCUUGUAUUUCUGAGAGAGAGAGAGAGAGAGAGAGAGAGAGAGAGAGAGAGAGAGAGCUCUUACCUCGAAUUCCGGAACUUAACCCUGAAAGCAGCGCUCAGAAAAGACUUCCACAAUUCCCUCGGCUCCCCGCUCUCCCAACUUUUCUUCCCUGGGGGUGCAGAGGAGGAGGAGGAGCGGAGCUCUGGGGAUUGCAAGGCUGGGCUGUGGGGGCUCCUCCAGCCGGCGCUCUGCAUUUCUGGGAGCCCUGCUGGCGCCUGACAGCUUGGAAGCUUUCAGGGAGCGCGGCGAGCGGAGGAGGUGUGUGCUGGAGGUGGGCAGUCCCCGCCAGGCUGCAGCGGAGGCUGCCGCUUUGUGGGCGGCGGUAUCCACCAGGCUGGGCGAGCGGUCCCCAGCGUAAAGCCCCGAGUCACCAUGCCUGCACCCCCGCCGCACCGCCGGCUUCCCUGCUAGGAAGAGGAGGAGGGGACGUGGUGAAUGCACCGGCUUCCCCGAGCGAGCGAGAGCAGAACCUUGAGCGGGCACCGGCCUGGGGCGCACCAUGGCUGACGCAGGCGAGGGCUUUGGCCUGGCGCACACACCUCUGGAGCCUGAUUCGAAAGACCUCGCCUGUGAUCCCAAAGCUGAAAACGCUUUAGGGGCCCCCAGCAAGUCUCCGGCAUCUCCACAGGCGGCCUUCACCCAGCAGGGCAUGGAAGGAAUCAAGGUGUUUCUCCACGAAAGAGAACUGUGGCUGAAAUUCCACGAGGUGGGCACGGAGAUGAUCAUUACCAAGGCCGGAAGGCGGAUGUUUCCCAGUUACAAAGUGAAGGUGACCGGCCUCAAUCCCAAAACCAAGUACAUUCUCCUCAUGGACAUUGUUCCCGCCGAUGACCACAGAUACAAGUUCGCGGAUAAUAAAUGGUCUGUGACUGGCAAGGCCGAGCCCGCCAUGCCAGGCCGACUCUACGUGCAUCCGGACUCGCCGGCUACCGGGGCGCACUGGAUGCGGCAGCUGGUCUCCUUCCAGAAGCUGAAGCUCACCAACAACCACCUGGACCCGUUCGGGCACAUUAUUCUAAAUUCCAUGCACAAAUACCAGCCCAGAUUACACAUCGUGAAAGCAGAUGAAAAUAAUGGAUUUGGUUCAAAAAACACAGCAUUCUGCACCCAUGUGUUUCCGGAGACGGCGUUUAUCGCGGUGACUUCCUAUCAAAAUCACAAGAUCACGCAGUUGAAGAUAGAGAAUAACCCGUUCGCCAAAGGCUUCCGGGGCAGCGACGACAUGGAACUGCACAGGAUGUCAAGAAUGCAAAGUAAAGAAUAUCCCGUGGUUCCCAGGAGCACCGUGAGGCAAAAAGUGGCCUCCAACCACAGCCCUUUCAGCAGCGAGCCCCGCGCUCUCUCCACGUCCUCCAACUUGGGGUCCCAGUACCAGUGUGAGAAUGGCGUCUCCGGCCCCUCCCAGGACCUUCUGCCCCCGCCCAACCCGUACCCCCUGCCUCAGGAGCACGGGCAGAUCUACCACUGCACCAAGAGGAAAGAUGAGGAAUGCUCCACUACAGACCACCCCUACAAGAAGCCCUAUAUGGAGACGUCCCCCAGCGAAGAGGACUCCUUCUACCGUCCCAGCUACCCCCAGCAGCAGGGCCUGAGUGCUUCCUACAGGACAGAGUCCGCCCAGCGGCAGGCCUGCAUGUACGCCAGCUCUGCACCACCCAGCGAGCCAGUGCCCAGCCUGGAGGACAUCAGCUGCAACACGUGGCCCAGCAUGCCCUCCUACAGCAGCUGCACGGUCACCACGGUGCAGCCCAUGGACAGGUUACCCUACCAACACUUCUCCGCACAUUUCACCUCAGGGCCCCUGGUCCCGCGGCUGGCCGGCAUGGCCAACCACAGCUCCCCGCAACUCGGAGAGGGGAUGUUCCAGCACCAGACCUCCGUGGCCCACCAGCCUGUGGUCAGGCAGUGUGGGCCUCAGACUGGCCUCCAGUCCCCUGGCAGCCUGCAAGCCCCCGAGUUCCUCUACUCUCACGGCAUGCCCAGGACCCUGUCCCCACACCAGUACCACUCUGUGCACGGAGUCGGCAUGGUGCCAGAGUGGAGCGAGAAUAGCUAAAGGCAGGCUGGCCUCGUGAGAGACAUCUGCCAGGGAGAGAGCAAGAGAGAAAGAGAGACAAUCGUGAAGACAGCCCAUAGACAAGGUUCGCAUUGCACCCUGUGUGCAAGUUGACACUCGGGCUCGCUGGACACUGACAUGAUUAGUACCUUGUGACCACCAUUCAAAACUUGUGGCUCUGUUGUUUUGUCUCAAGACUUAAAACAAAACAAAAGAAGAUGACCCGCACCCUACACCACCACACUCUUGACCGGUCAUAUCUCACCACCCCAGGUUUCUUUGUUUCCUUCUUUUGGGUUCCAGAACAUCGGCCCCACUGUUUGCUCCUGAUGCAUAGUCGGGGUCUUUCUCUGUCCUGGUGUUAAUGUUGACUUUGUUAUAUAAUAAAUAAUAAUAUAUUUU